AUGACCACUUCAUCAUCGCCAAAAUUUCGUUGUACUUCAGACGAUUGUAAGACCGUAGGUACUUUGAAAUGUGAAGGUUGUUCACAAAUAUUUUGUCGAAAACAUGUUAAUGAACAUCGAAAUCUUCUUAGUCAUCAGUUAGAUGAAAUUGUUCUUGAACAUGAUAUUCUACAUCAAAUGAUUUUGGAAGAUAAAAACAAAGAAAAUAAUAAUCAAUUUCUUCUCAAGGAAAUUGACAAAUGGGAACAAGAAUCUAUUAAAAAAAUUCAACAAACAGCAAAUGAAGCACGACUACAAAUUGAAACAUUAUUCGGUUCACAACAAGAAAUGAUAUCGAAAGAAUUGCAUCAUCUUGCUGAAAAAUUACGAAAAGCUCGAAUCGAUGACGAUUUUGUUGAAACUGAUCUUCGUAAAUGGACAAACAUGUUAGAAAAACUUAAACAUGAUGUUACUAAUGUUUCUUCUUUGACGACUGUUAGUGAAGAUCCAACAAAAUUACUUGUGGCUAAAAUAUUUGUUUCUUUAACUAUGCAACAACAUCUAGAUGAAGACGAACGAUUUGGAAUAUCCUUUGGUAAUGUAUGUAUUGCAGAAAAUGGUUAUUUGACUUAUCAUCAUGGACCGAAUAGAGACAAUGGAUUUGUGUGUGGAAUGAAGGAAUAUUCAUCAGGCAAAUAUAAAAUUCGAUUUUUAAUGAAUAAAAAAGAUUCAGAAUAUAUUAUGUCGUUUAAUAUUAUCUCAAAAUAUACGUCCAUACUCAAUAAAGAAUUCCAUAUAGUUAAAUCAAGUUAUGGAUGGUGUAGCGACGAUGGUAUUUGUUGUUGUGGUUCUGGCUUGUCUUCCUAUGAACUUCGUCAUGAUAUGGAUGAUGAAACGAUAUUUGAAAUCGAACUCUUAAUUGAUUGUGAUAAUCAAAAAAUAAUUUAUUUGAAUGAACGAACAAAAAAUACAAGAGAAAUGAAUGUUGAUAUUAGAAAAUGUCCACUUCCUUGGCAAUUACUUUUUUAUUUAUAUGAUGUCGAAGAUUCUGUUCGACUUUUAUCUUCAACACGAUUACUUUGA